AUGACAGGUACAGAGAGCAGAGAUGACCAGGAACAAAAUAAAGACAUUGAAGUUAGUGAAGCCAAUGGAGUGCCUCCGGUAUUUAACCAAGAUUUACGAACUGAGUGGAAGAAAGAAAAGAAACUGGAACUACAUGUUGGAGGUCUGCAUAAAAAUGCAGUUGAACAAGACUUGUUUGAUGUAUUUGGAAAGUUUGGGGAAGUCCAAAUUGCAAGGAUUGUGAGGCACCCAAUCACAAGUAAAAGCCAAGGGUUUGCUUUUAUUCAAUAUGCUACUGUUGAGCAAGCCAAGAAAGUUCUCUUUGACUUGAAGGAUGGGAUUGAGGUGAGAGGCAAGCAUGCUAAGAUAUCACCUAGCCAUGACCGUGAUACACUUUAUCUGGGAAAUAUUUGCAAAACAUGGACCAAAGAGGAUGUGCUUGAGAAAUUGAAAGGUUGCGGAAUUGAAGACGUUGAUGAGAUACAAGUACCCAAUGAUCCUAAGAAUGAAAGGAAGAUUAAAGGUUUUGCUUUCUUGAGAUUUAACACCUGCUGUGAUGCAAAGGCUGCAUUCCACCGUUUAAGGAAGCCAGAUGCACUUUUUGGCAAUGCAAGAUGUGCUAAAGUUGCCUUUGCUCACACCCCAGUGCAUCCAAGAGAGGAAGUUCGAUUACAGGUGAAAACUAUUUAUAUUGAGAGGAUACCAAAGUCUUGGGAUGUACAGAGACUUAAAACAAUCUGUGAACAAUAUGGUGAGACUAAAAAGGUUAAAAUAUCUCGGAAUUUUGGCAAUAAAGGCAAGGAUUUUGGAUUCAUUUCUUUCAGUACCCAUGAGAGUGCAGUAGCUUGUCUGAAAGGCGUGAACAAUGUGCAGUUUGGAGGGGGAAUCAAGGUUAAAGCUUAUAUUGCAAGGCCUCUUGUUGGACGGCACCUGCAAAAGAGUACUUGUGGACGAAUGAAACCUUAUAAAAGGUGUAGGAGUACUGGUGGAUGGAAGAUAAAAGGUCAUGCCAAGUCUGAGGGUGCUGAAAAAAAGAGUGAUAUGAAUGCAAAAACUGUUAUAUACAAGUCUAAGACUAAGGGGACUGAAGAGAAGGCAGCUGCAGUUGUACAUAAAAAUAAUCAGGAUCCUUCAAAUUCAAAGCAUACCAUAGAAGGUGAAACAAAUGAACAAGAAAGCAUUCCUCCUCAAGCUCAUGCUGCUGGGCUGUAUGCCAAGCCAAAGAAAACUGAUGACAAGAGAAAGAAUAGAAAGAGACAAAGGGACCCAAUGUAUAGUAAGAGGCUAUCAAAGAAACUAAAAGGUAGUUCACAUGGUCGACCUAGUCAUUCAUCUGGAAGUUCAAAGAGCAGAUCUUACUUGAGGAAGGGACCUAACAGGAGUGGAAAUUCUGUUGCAUAUGGCAUACCAUUUAAAGAGGCAUAUGUUGCACCCAGAAGUGGGUAUCCGAGCUAUGCUUAUGGUGCUAUUUCUGAAUCCAAAAGGCUGUCUUCAGAUUUGGAACCCCAUGCUGGAUUUGUGCAAUCUAUCAGGCAUGAUGACCAGUAUUAUGCAGGAUGUAUCACACCUGCUUUUCAACAUCAAGGGCGAACUUAUGCAAAUAAUCUUAAAGUAGAUACUCAAUAUGAAACACAACCUCCUGUUAAGUACUUCAAACAUGCACUUGGGAAAGAUGCCCUACCUCACGCAGGAUUUCUUGAGCCUGCUUUUGGAAAGCAAAGCUUUGAUAUAGAUGAUUAUCCAGCGAGAAGAACUGGCGAGUAUAACAGUCCAGGCAAUCAAGGGCCUGCUUACAGGGCAGGAUUGGCUUUUUCACGCUCUUAUGUUCCAAACAGCUUCAGCUAUGCUGGAUAUGAGGCCAGUGGUAGUGGUAGGGUUAGUGGAGCAUACCCACCAAUGCAAACACGCUAUUGAAAAUUGACUUGAAAGGAGCGAAUUUCAUUCUCUCUUCUUUAGUCAUCCACUUUGUUCUUGGAAAAUAAUUUUCCAUAUUGUGAAGUUUGAACUUAGUUUGUACUCGUAAACUCUGGAUAGUUCCAUAGGGAUUAAUGUAAAGCCAAUGGUGAUUUAGUCACCUCAUCUUACCUCCUUGAACCCUAAAUCAUUGAAAGGACGAUGUUAUGUUAGUAGAAGUACAAGGAGAAACAAGUUUGAUUAUCCUCAAUAAUCUAAAUCUUUGAUAUGUUCGUCAAAGUUUAGGCAUUUUUGAAUA